AAUGCUUGUUUUAAUAAAUGUUGGCUACAUUUUCAUAAAUUCUUCUAAUUGUGUGACAUGUUUGCUGGCUGUUUGGUCACAGCACAGACAUGGGCUGCAACCUAAAUGAGAACCUGCAGAAACGCUGCUCUGGUUGGGCUUUGCAGCACAAGUUUCAGGUCCUUACCCUGUUCGGUGUCGUCUUAGGAAUAGUUCUGGUGCUCUUACUCCAGCCUGGUGUGACAAAUACGCCAACAGACGAGGACGAUGAGGAGCAACAUCCUUUCUCCGUUGUCGUCGUCCUCAUGGAUCUUUUGAGAAACAUGGUUCCUGAGAACUUCAUUCAGGCUUGCUACAAACAGUACAGGACCGAGAUAGUUCUGGUUGAAGUAGAUGAAGACAAGCCAUCCUAUGAUCCACUAUCAGUAUUUUUUCAGAUUUUUGUUCUUAUUAUACAGCAAAAGUUUGAUGUGGGAACGUGGUAUGAAUUCUCUAGCAAGACUGUGUACUCCUACAAUAUUACUUUUAGAGGAUCACAAGCAGGGUGUUUGUGUUGGUUGGCGCAGAAUGGCACAGAGAUACGACUCACAGGCGGCUAUAUUGCUGGAUCCAACAUGCUGGGACUGAUCAUUUGGUCUUUCAUCAUCGGCAUCCUGAUGAUGAGGAAUGGAGAAAAAGCAAAGACCACUGUGGAUGCCAUUAAAAGCCUCAACGAAGGCAUACAAAUUAUAAUUACUUGGAUGUUGUGGUACUUGCCAAUCGGAGUUUUGUUCAUGAUCGCAAGCCACGUGGUUGAGGUUCAAAACUGGGAAUCUGUCAUUGAACUCGGAAGGUUAUUCUUGGUCAUGUUAGGGCUCUUCGUCCACUCAUUUAUUGUUCUUCUCUUGCUUUAUUUGGUGCUUGUCAAGCGGAACCCCUUUGUGCUCUUCAAGCAGGUUUCAAAAGCCCUGCUGACUGCAGCUAUCGUCUCGUCCAGCUCCGCCACUCUGCCUGUAACCUUUCAAUGCUGUGAAGAGAUACUGAAGGUCGAGAGAAAAAUCAACCAGUUCAUGCUGCCCAUCGCCACCAGCCUAAACAUGAAUGGAAGCCUCUAUGAAGUGGUUGCAGCCAUUUUCAUUGCCCAGCUAUGCGACAUCAAGCUGGAGUUGGCCCAGAUAAUUGCAGUCGGAAUUGCUUGAUUUGCAGUGACUGCUUCCAUAUCCAGCAUUGGAGCUGCAGGGAUGCCAGCAACGGGAGCUGUGACCACGCUCUUGUUUUUGACAGCGGUGGGACUGCCUGCAAACGAUGCCUUCCUCCUGGUAGUGAUGGAGUGGCUCCUAGACCGCAGCAACACAGUGGUGAAUGUGCUGGGAGACUGCUUUGGUGUGGCUCUCAUCAACCAUCUGUUCGAGCAGCAGCUGAAAGAUCUGGACAUUCUGACGCCCAAGUAAACCGUCUAAUUUAAGGAAUUGAUUUUAACUUUUGUGCUACUUUGCAGAGACACAAUAUUGCCAAAGUAUUCACUCCCCCAUCCAAAGUGAUUGAAUUCAGAUGUCCCAGUCACUUCUGUGGCAACAAAUG